AAACAUUAGCUAAUACCCCAGCUUAUAUUGCGUUGUAAAUAACGCGACGGGUGUCUUUUCAACUGCGUGUAGCGGACUUUUAUUGUGCAAGGCGAUCGUACAAUAGCCGAUAACUCGGAUCACAAGUCGCACUCUGAUGGAAACUGAAGCACUGCGAAUAUCGUCUUCGAGUGAACACUGUCGUAUGGCCCAGUAAAGUUAUUCGAAACUGGUUAAGAGAUGAAGAAGACAACGUCCAGGAAUCCUUCCUCAGGCAAACAAAGCCAUUCACAUUCAUUGGACAAGGACUCCGCUAGCAGGCAAGCCAUGAAGCAGAGACGAAAACUCGGUUAUAGCAAUCAAGUUAACCUGCGCAACAUCCGAAUUGCCGUGAUGGGCCAAGACGGCGUCGGAAAGACAGCUCUCACGGUACGAUUCCUAACAAAGCGUUUUAUUGGAGAAUACGACCAAACGUUAGAAACAACCAAUAGACACCACAUCGACGUGGAUGGAGAAUAUGUUGCACUGGACAUUUUGGACACAGCAGGAAAGAACUCGGAAGAGAAGCUUGAGAACAUCAUUGGGUACGCAGACAUCUUCCUUGUCCUUUACUCCAUCACAGACCGCGCCAGUUUUCAAGAAGCCGGUAAGAUCGUCAAGUACAUAAGACGUUACAGAACUCUGGACUCCAGCAGUAUAAUUAUCGCGGGAACUAAGCGCGAUUUGGAACACUUCAGAACCGUUCGCGAGACAGACGGCUCAAGACUCACCUAUUCCCUCAACUGUGGUUUCUUCGAGAUAACAAUUUCCGAAAGUUUUGCUGAAACAGUAAACAUGUUUAAUGAGAUCUUGAGACAAUAUUUAAACGCGCAUCCUUCGCAAGAUCCAGCUGGCACAAUUACCACCGCUCACUCCCCGACCCCCAUGAUUUCUCAACAUAAAGAAAUGAAGUCUCCGUCGUCUUGGGCAAAGGUCAAAGGAUUGAAGACAAUGCCUUUUAGAAGAAAGUCUACACAGGCUGUUGCCUGUUAAUCAGCUUGGCUUGGAAAGAAACGCCCAGAAUUUAUGUCUCUGGGAAAUUUAGCCACGCACGUAGCAUUUAUACGGAUGAUAAGGAAAAUAACAGGGAAUAUAUAAAACAACACAGUUUCCUCAUUGCAUCCGAGAGGAUUCGCUUUUAAAGGACUCUUGUAUACGAUUCUCAACCCAGACAACUUCAGAUAUCUGGAAAUAGACACUUCUUAAAUUUAGACAUUUGAGUUUGAAAAUCAAAGAACUUGGACCUCGCGUAGGAUCAAGUAAAAUCCACGCGAAAUAUGCAGUAUAAACAUGUAAUAUGGAGCUUCACCCAUUUGAGGAUGAAGAAAACCGUAGUUUGUGGAUUAUGAUCUGAAUCGAUAUAACCUGUGUAUAAACGUGUAUUAAUAUUUUCAGUUUUCUUCUGCUACUAAUUUAACUGUAGCCGGAAGUAAUUAUAAAAAGAUCCCCCACAAGACAAGCUUGGAAAUUUUAUCACCACCUUAGUCUGCACAGUUCAUAGUUUUUGGGAGCGCACGAUUUACAAACUCAUCU